AUGACCACGGCAGGGCUUGUGGUGCUCCUCUCCUUCGCGCUGUGCUGCGUCCCAGAAAACAAUCACUGGAAAUCACUCAGCUUGGUUCUGCACACAGGAAUUGUAUAUCCAUAUUUCCAGCUUCAAUUGAGGACUUAUCAUAGUGGCUUUUGUUCAUUCUUUCUGCCUCUCUUUUCUUUUCCAGAUACUGCCUUUGGGAUUGAGGUGGACUGCAGUACAUAUCCCAACACCACAAAUGAGGAGGGCAGAGAGGUGCUGGUCUGCAGCACGGCCGUCAGCUCCAUCUGCGGUUCCGACGGCGUCACCUACGGCAACGAGUGCCAGCUCUGUGCCUACAACGCAGAAUAUGGAACCAAUGUCAGCAAAGACCACGAUGGAGAAUGCAAGGAAGUUACCCCUGUGGAUUGCAGCAGGUACCCCAACACAACCAGUGAGGAGGGCAAAGUGGUGCUGCUCUGCAACAAAGACAUCAGCCCUGUCUGCGGGACCGACUGGGUCACCUACGAGAACGAGUGCCUGCUCUGCGCCCGGAACCUAGAGGCUGGAACCAGUGUUGGCAAGAGGGCUGAUGGUGAAUGCAAGAAGGAAACUGUCACAGUUGACUGCAGUGAAUAUCCCAAACCUGUCUGCUCACUUGCCUACAUGCCUCUCUGUGGCUCUGACAACACAACAUACAGCAAUAAGUGUGCCUUCUGCAACGCAGUCAUGGACAGCAAUGGGACUAUCACUUUAAACCAUUUUGGGAAAUGCUGAGUAUCAGUGCCAAGAGAAUUCAUCACAGGGUCCCCGCUGGAAAAUCCCAGAUAAAGAUCUCACCUCAGUUCAUCUCACCCUCUGGGGAACUCAGCUCACUCCUGAUCUUCUUUCUCAAUAAACUAAAUCAGCAACAUUU